AUGAUUUGCAGAAGCUGCCGGACCACCAUGCUGUCUCGGCUACAACAGACGCAUGCCGUGUCAUGGACCGCAUCAACAGCUGCUCGCCAAUUGCCUACUGUGCGCACUCAAUUCCGAUUCUACAGUGACAACGCUGCGACUCCUCCUCCAUCCACCAUCUCCUCCGCGACCCCCGGUGUCUCCCAGCCUUUGAGUACCCCAGAGGGUGUUCAAACCGAUGCGAAACCCAGCAAUUCUACCAAGCCCGUUCUCGAGCGCCCGCCGAGUAGCUGCCCGGCUGGCACAAAGAUGAACGGUCUGAACUAUUUCAAGAACAAGCCGGAUAUUGUUGCCAAGGAGGAUUCGGAGUACCCAGACUGGCUCUGGGACCUCCUUGGGGACGCGAGCAAGCAGUCAAAGACCGACAAGGGUGGUGUUGACCCGAGCACUCUGAACAAGAAGCAACGAAAGCGCUACGAGAAGAAAUUGGCUGCUCGCACCGGACCCCUUGCCCCUAAGAUUCCCGCCCACCACCACUCUUACGAUAUCACACCCGCAUCCUACAACCGCGAUGCGCCCUCGGAAGAUGCCUUCUCCGACGCCACCGCCGGUCUCGACAAGCGCCAAGAGGUUACCAAGAGCGCCCGAGAGGCGCGACGGAAGGCUAUCAAGGAAUCCAACUUCCUGCGUGGCCUGUAA